AUGAGGAAGAAGGGCGAAGGUGAAGAAGUAGAGGCUGGAGGAAAAGUAGUUUAUGCUUCGCUAUGGGUACUGUGUUUUGUGCUUUUGGCCUCCGCACUCGCGGUUAUGUGUUUAAGAGAUCCUGUUUUCCAAGGAAGCACCACCAUUCUACAUUCCACGGCCGUCGGAAAUUUCACCGCCGCCGGGAUUGCACCUUCUCUGCCGCCUCCCGCUGCUUCGCUCGGCAGCGGCCUUGGAAAUUCCGACUCAGAGCUGCCGCCGCCGCAAAAUAUCAGCGUUACGGUGCAGUUGAAUUCGACGGUGAUCGGCGGCGGAGAUGCAGGUUCUCCGCCCCCGUCUCCGGCUAGUUCUCCCAAGGUUUCGUUCAAGAGAAAGCACCAACUGGAGGAAGGAUUGGCUCGGGCAAGAGCGGCGAUUCUGAAAGCAGCUUCAAAUCGGAACACGUCGGCGGAUGCCAUCUCCGGCGGGAUCUACCGGAACGCCGGCGCUUUUUAUCAGAGUUAUGAAGAGAUGGAGAGAAGGUUGAAGGUGUACGUAUACGAAGAAGGCGAGACGCCCUUAGUCCACGACGGGCCAUGCAAGAGCAUAUAUUCUAGCGAGGGAAGAUUCAUCGUCGAGAUGGAGAGCGGCACCACCCAUUUCAGGACUCCAAACCCUAACUUGGCUCACCUUUACUUCAUGCCUUUUAGCGUUGUUUCGUUGGUGAGAUACCUCUACAAGCCCGACACCUACGAUGUCACUCCUCUCAGACAGUUUGUUUCGGACUAUGUCACUGUCAUUUCCACCAAACAUCCUUUCUGGAAUCGAACUUCCGGCGCUGAUCACUUCAUGCUUUCUUGCCAUGAUUGGGGUCCCAUGGCUUCUGAAGGCAAUGCAUAUCUCUACAACACAUCAAUCAGGGUUUUAUGCAACGCAAACUCCUCAGAAGGAUUCAAUCCACAGAAAGACGUGAGCCUACCGGAGAUCAACCUCUACGGAGGCGAAAUCUCGCCGGAGAUCCAAACACCCCCACCGCCCAACGCCUCAAGACCCUACCUCGGAUUCUUCGCCGGCGGCGUCCACGGCCCCGUCCGCCCCAUCCUCCUCCACCACUGGAAGGACAAAGACCCAGACUUACGCGUGCACGAGUACUUACCAGAGGGCCAAGAUUACUACUCCUUCAUGUUGCAGUCCAAGUUUUGCCUGUGCCCCAGUGGCUAUGAAGUGGCCAGCCCGAGAAUCCCGGAGGCCAUUUACUCCGAAUGCGUGCCGGUGAUUCUGUCGGAAAAUUACGUGUUGCCGUUCAGCGAUGUCCUGAACUGGGAUGCGUUUUCGAUUCAGGUUAAGGUUUCGGAGAUUCCGAGGUUGAAGGAGAUCUUGUCGGCUGUCCCGGACGACAAGUACGUGAAGCUUAAGGAGGGUUUGAGGGCUGUCAGAAAGCAUUUUGUGUUCAACCAGCCCGCACAGAGGUUUGAUGUUUUCCAUAUGAUUUUGCACUCGGUUUGGCUAAGGAGAUUAAAUCUUAGCUUUGGGUGA